CCAACUGUCCUCCCCCUCACACCCACCUCAAUAAGUGCGGCUCCUCUCCACAACCUCCCGUAAGAGUCCAUGAGACCAUUGGAGCUGGAGUUUUCAUCUGAACCUGAGCAGAGAUGAACACUUGCAGCAUGCAGCUUCUCUUUGUCCUCUGUGUGGCCUUGAUGGUCUGGGAGUCCACUGCUGCAGAUGGCAAAAGCUUGUCCAUCGUCACCAUCCAGGAGGAUCCGUACUUCAUGGAGAACCAUGGGGAGUUUGAGGGCUACUGCGUGGACCUGACAGAGGAGCUGUCCAAGAUGCUGGGCUUCAAGUACAAGAUGCGCCUGGUGCCAGAUGGCCGCUACGGAGCGCUGGACUCUCAGGGGCAGUGGAACGGCAUGAUGGGUGAGGUCCUCAGAGGGAACACGGACCUGGCUGUGGCCCCACUCACCCUCACCGCCACCAGGGAGAUGGCGGUGGACAUGACCACACCUUUCAUGCUAACUGGAAUUAGCUUCCUCAUGCUAAAAGAUAGCCUGGUGGAGGAGAGCAGCUUCAGCCUGCUGGCCCCCUUCUCCUCCAACAUGUGGGCCGGGCUCCUCAUCGCCUUCCUGCUCACUGGUCUCUGCAUCUGUGCGGUGGGCAGGAUCAGCCCCUGCGAGUGGACUGAACCCGACUCGGAGCAGCAGCCCUUCACGCUGGUGCACAGUUUCUGGUACAUCACUGGGGCGCUCACACUACAAGGCGCUGGGCCUCACCCCAAAGCCUUGUCUGGACGUGUCAUCAGCGCCAUCUGGUGGCUGUUCGCUGUGCUGCUGCUGGCCUGCUACGUUGCCAACCUCAGCUCCAAAAUGAACUCCGAUCACCAACACAUGUCCAUCCAGACCUUCGAGGACCUGGCCAGCCAGGACGCCAUCGAGUACGGGACCGUGGAGGGCGGCUCCACCAUGCUCUUCUUUAAGCUCUCCAAGAACCCUGUUUACGAGCGGAUGUACCAAAACAUGGUGCGGAAGAAGAGCUUCGUAUCCAGCACGCUGGAGGGCCUGCGCCGCGUCAAGGAGGGAAACUUCGCCUUCAUAGGCGAGUCUGUGACGAUGGACCUGGCUGUGGCACGCAACUGUGAGCUGGUGCGUGCUCAGGAGGUCAUCAGCAUGAGAGGUUACGCCAUCGCCGCGCCACCGGGCUCCCCAUGGGUCAAGAACCUCAGCAUCGCCAUCCUCAGAAUGAGCGAGUCUGGCGUCCUGGUGAACCUGCAGAAGAAGUGGUGGGCCAGCCGCUGUUCUCACUCCCAGCCCGCCCGUUCCUCCGACAGCCUGCAGCCACGCGACCUGCGCUGCCUCUUCCUCCUGCUCGGCGUGGGGCUUGGUGCCGGGCUGCUUCUUUCUCUGCUGGAGCUGGCGGCCAAAGCUCGCGGCCGCGCCAAAGACAGCAAGAGUUCCUGCUGCUCGGUUCUGAUGUCGGAGCUGCACCGACGGUUCGGGAGGGGGGAGGAGAGCAGUGAGGACACGCCGGCGGCCACCAAAGCCUGAGGAAGACAGCGGGAGCAACGUUAGAAUCUUAGACCGUAACACCCCUUCACUAGCUGCCUCCACUUUGACCUUUAGAAGUCACCCACUGAAACUCUUCAACCCUCAGAAAAGCUGUUGCCGAAUAGCGUGUACUAUAUCACCCCUGCGUCUUCCAGUGUAUUUUGUGUAGAUCACUCUCCGCCUUCACUAUUGUUCCUGCACACACUUCCACAACACACUGUUCUCACUCAGCGUCACUCAGUCGUUUCUUCUCUCGCUCUGCUUUAGGAACUUACUAACUCCGUUAAUGGUGUUGACAGAAAGGGAUCGCGGCUCCUUCAAUCCCAUCAGUGUGACUGUUGGAAAUGGAGGGUACUUGCGUCAUGACAGUCUCGUGUUUUCUAAUAAAUGAUUUGAAUACA